AUGAAGCGGGGGCCGUGCACGCCUAAGAAGCCCGCGCCAGCCAAUCAGGGCCGCGCGCCGCCCAGCCUCCGCCCCCCAUUGGCUGAGCCCGCAACUCCAACCGAGGAGACCGAGGCUCGAAGGGAGCCCACGGCCGACGAGGGAGGCGGGGGUGGGUGGCGGGAGCUUAUCAAAGACACCGCAGCCCCAGGGACAAUCCCGGGUGUCCGACAAGGCUGUCCCGUCAACCUGAACCCCUGGACCCAGAGCAGGAGGCAGCCAGCCGUUUGCCGGCCCCGGGGCCGGGAACGCCGGAGCCGAGCGGAAGCUUUCCGUGAGGCUGGGAUCCGCGCCUUGGCUCGCAGGGACGUGGCCGCUGCGGGCCCUCCGGAAAACAGAUUAUCGGAGCCCUUUCAGAGCGCGCACAACAAAUGCGCCCGCCAUCGAAUGCAUCAUUUACCACCGCAGAUCCGCGCGCUGAUGGGCAGGCAGAUAGCCGUCCGCGGGGGGCACGCCGGGCGCCCUGUGCCCGCGCCGCCUGCCUGCCUGCCGGGGGGUACCCGCCUGUGCGCCCCCGGGUGUGCCCGGCGUGUUUGGAUGGACAUUCGCCUGUGCCAGUGGAUGGGCACUGAACAAGAAAGGCCUCCCCGCUCCGGACCUGAGGAAAGAGACUGGAGCCCCGCCGCCCGAGGUCUCCGCGCCCUUCUUGAAAAUUUGGAAGAUUGGCCUGAUAAUGUAAUGCUGGAGUUCUGUGUCACCCGCCUCCUGUGCCCUGGGGUCUUCACCCACCCACUUCAGGCCCACAGGUCAGGGAUGUGUCCCUCAUAGAAAUACCAUUUGCCGUAGCUGUGUUAGUUUUGGUCUUCCUUCUCUGUAUCCUUUGUGGAAUUUCCAAUAUCUUUCUCCCUCUAGGUACUGUAAACCACUUAAUAAUGAAUUAAUUAAUAAAUCCAAUCAACACUUUAAAAUAAUGUGUUCGGCCACACUGUUUUAGACCCUGGAUAUACAUACAGUACAAAUAAAAGAGAAACAGGGAACAGUCAGACAUAACCACACAGAUUAAUACAUCAUCACAAAUUGUGACAGAACUCUGAGGGGCAAAGAACAUGUAUUUACAGAUAUUGAAUCCAAGCGUAUUUGCAGAGACCUACGUUGGGUCAGGUCAUGUGCUGAUAGGGGAGGGCAUGGGACGAAACACGAUAUGGUCACUGUGUGCAGACAACUCACAGGGUGGUGGAGGGGUAGGCACAUUAAGAGAUUCUGUUAAGGGGCGCCUGGGUGGCUCAGUGGGUUAAGCC